AUUGUGUAUCUCACUAUCACACUGCUCAUUCAGAGAUGUAGACCAGAUCACCAUCUGUUCUCUGGGUUGUAUUUUUAGCUCUGCUGUUUGGUAUGCUUCGUGGAAAAUGUAUUAAUCUUUGUGAGAACCAUGUGGCAUGCAAAUAUUAAGCAGCUCAGAAUACAGCUGUGUGAAACCAGCCAUGUUUUACACAUGCUGAGUUAUGUGAGCUGUUUCUUACAAGUUGUCUAAAUCCAUCAUUCUCAAAGUGGUGCCUGUGAUCUAUACACAGGAAGUCUGUUUUUUUAAUGUCAUUACAGUGGGGGAGAUUACUACCAACCACUAUUUUAGUUUAUAUCAAAGUUAUUAUAGUCAUACCCCUAAUCUGAAGCUUAAUUACAUCGUUACCUAUAGUCCUAGUAUUUGAAUAGGUGGAUUAUGAUAACAAAAAUCUGUGCUACUAUCAUAAGGAGGUUAGAGUUCCUUAUUACAGCUAAAAAUUUAGAGAACUGCUGAUCCAGAUGACUUGAGUAAAAAAAAAAAAAAAAAACAGAUGUCCUCAUAACUUGCCUCUGCCUCAAUGGGCUUUGACAGGAUUGUAGAUUAAUUAUAUACUGGUCCCAGAGCAUGUGGUCUGCCUACCUUCAAAGACAUGAAUAAAGAAGGAUAACCUGGAUGAGUUUGCCAUGUCUUACUAUCCACUUACUAUGGCACACACACACCUCUGAGAAAUUAGAUAACAAAACCUGUUUAAAUGCUGAUGACUGAUGUGAUUCAUCAUAUCAGUGUAAACAUGUCUAGAGUGCUGUUCUAACUGGCUUUAUGUCAUGUGAACUGAAAACUGUCAGUAUCUCUGAACCACACUGCCAUGUUUUAUCAUAGCAGACACAGACCUAAUGACAGUAAGGCCUCCGGUAGAAAAGGCUCAAAUUAUUUUGGGUCCAGCGUUACUUUAUUGCUUUGCUUGACAAAUUAUUUGUGGUUGUACAGUACAAACAUGUGUGUUUAAAUGUACAGUACCUAGUAUUUUAGUUUUGGAGGUUUUUUUUUUGGAGUCUUUGCUUGCAGGCAGAGGCAUGUCCUUCCUGUCUUUUUUAACAGACAAGCUGAUAUUUCAGAGGGUGUUUACAAAAGGCUAAACAGAGGGGUAAUAGUCAGCUGGCCAAGCAGUGGAAUAGAGUCUGAGAGAGCACCCAUCUUUAAAGUACACCACACAUGAUCUGUCACACUGCCAGAGCUGUUCAAUUUGUGACCGUCCUUGGAGUGUCCUUGGAUCGAUGACAGCCUCGGCCAGGCCGUCAUGUGCUCUGUAUAACUUUAGACAUGACAUUUCUAGCAUCUGCCAAUCAAAACAGGUAGGUUGAAGCAGAAACUCCCAGCAAAGCUUUUUUGUCUUUCUUUCUCUUUUUUUUUGUGCAUUGUACAGAUUUCUUGACUGUUUUUGUAGAAUGAUGUAAACUCUUUUCUCAUUCAGCCUUUCUUUUCAUUGAAACCCUCUUGUGUAUAGGCUCCACCUACCUGACCUAGAAAGCUUGCCUAACUGGGCUGGGUUAUUACUGUAAACACUGACAUGAGGCAACUGUUUUAUAAUGAUUUAAACUUAAAAUAAACUUGAUUCAUGUGGCUUUUUCCGUUUGCUGAGUUUGUAUGUCUUGAUUUUGGCUUUUUUGUUUUGUUUUGUUAUUUUGACUUUAUUCUCAUUUGAUCUCAUUUGAUUCCAUUAGCAUUUUUUUCUUGUUUAUGUGGGUGUUUGUGGGAAAAGCUAACAAUGAAUAGCAUGCCUGCAUAAUUGAAUACUAAGUUCUAGACAUAAUUCUCUCCAGGCAUUUUUGUGUAAAGUUUUCUAAGGAAUGGGGUACAUGUGGGUUAAUACUCCCUAGCUAUAAACCAUGUGCGGUCAUGCAUCAUGUGUGUCCAUGCAACAGUACCAGAUUUAAUGCAUACCUGCUGUAUAUAGUUUUGAGUUUGAGAAUAUCAAAAUAUCCCACCAAUGAACUCAGCUCCCAUCCACGCACCUACAUUCUGCCCUAAAAAGCCUUCUCCAGCUGGACUCUGUAAUGACACACAGCCUGUUAUUACUGAGUGUCCUUUACUCUAAACACUCCCUACAUCCACCCACUCUCCCCAGUUUACACACACAAUAAACACACACACACACACACACACACACACACACACACACACACAUACAGAGAGAGAGAGCUCCUGAGACCCAGGGGUACGGCAGACUGGUUUGGGGUCAGUAAGGAUAUCGACACCACUCUGAAAUGGCAGAGGAAGAGCCUGCGCCACUGCAACCAGCGCUAUGGCAAGCUAAAACCGCAGGUGCUCCGAGAGAUGGACCUACCCAGCCAGGACAACAUCUCCAUAACAAGCACAGAGACUCCACCACCACUUUAUGUCCCAGCAGCACACCAUGGCAUGCAGAAGAUUGUGGACCCACUGGCUCGGGGCCGAGCAUUUCGUAACAUGGAUGAUGUGGAUGCUUUCAAUGGGUCUCAAACUCCUAUCACCCCUGGAGCUGUCUCCCUGUGCUCUCUCACCAGCUCCCGUUCUGGCUUCAACCGUUUGCCACACAGGCGCAAAAGAGAGUCUGUGGCCAAAAUGGGCUUCAGAGCAGCCGCAGCUCUCCUGAAGGGCCGUUCUGUGAAGGAUGGCACAAUGCGUCGAGUACACAGACGCAGCUUUGCUGUAAACAGCUUCAUGGAAGAUGACACAGGGGAAUUCCUAGAUGAACUGGACACCUCCUUUUUUAGAAGGGAUGGACUGGUACACGAGGAACUAUCCACAUAUGCAGACGAUGUGUUUGAGUCGCCCUCUGAGGCCGCCAUUCGUGAGAAUGAUGCAAACAAAGUGCCCUGUGAGACAGAUUUAACAGGCAGCGCCCUGGGAAAGCCUGAGCUAGAAAGGAGUCACCUAAUGCUGCCACUUGAGAGGGGCUGGAGAAAAGGCAGGGAAGGCUCUCUGGUCCAACCUAAAGUGCGCUUACGCCAGGAAGUUGUGAGUGUGAAUGGCCAGAAACGGGGUCAGCGCAUCACUGUGCCCGUUACAAAGCUGUUUGCCCGUGAGAAACGUCCUUAUGGCCUGGGCAUAGUGGGAAGGCUGACCAACCGCACGUACCGCAAACGCAUUGACAGCUAUGUGAAGAGACAGAUAGAAGACAUGAACAACCACAGGCCUUUCUUCACAUAUUGGAUAACAUUUGUCCACUUGCUCAUCACCAUCCUGUCAGUUUCCAUCUAUGGCAUUGCACCUAUUGGAUUCUCCCAACAUGAAACUGUAGAUUCUGUACUAAGAAAUAAAGGCAUUUAUGAGAAUGUCAAGUAUGUGCAGCAAGAGAACUUCUGGGUUGGACCAAACUCGGUGGCGCUGAUACAUUUGGGAGCCAAAUUCUCACCGUGCAUGCGCCAAGACCAGCAGGUGUAUGACCUGAUCCAGGAGAAGAGGGAGAAGGAGCGCCACUCAGCCUGCUGUGUCCGAAAUGACCAAUCAGGCUGCGUGCAGACCUCUCAGGAACAGUGUUCGAGUACAUUGGCUGUCUGGGUAAAGUGGCCUCAGCACCCAAGUGUUCCAUAUCUAGAUGGCAAAUUACUCAAGUACGGCUCAGUUUGUCACCAAGACCCAAGGACUUGUCUGGAGCCAGCCUCGGUCGCACCUCAUGAGUGGCCUGAUGACAUCACCAAAUGGCCAAUCUGCACCAGGUACAGCAGUGUUAACCACACAAACCUGCCACACAUAGACUGUGUGAUCACAGGCCGGCCAUGCUGCAUUGGAACCAAAGGAAGGUGUGAAAUCACUUCCAGAGAGUACUGUGACUUUAUGCAGGGCUAUUUUCAUGAAGAGGCCACGCUUUGCUCCCAGGUGCAUUGCAUGGAUGAUGUGUGUGGCCUGCUGCCUUUUCUGAACCCAGAGGUCCCAGAUCAGUUCUAUCGCCUGUGGCUGUCUCUCUUCCUGCAUGCUGGGAUUCUGCAUUGUCUCGUGUCUGUGUGCUUCCAAAUGACCAUCCUGAGGGAUUUGGAAAAAUUAGCAGGGUGGCUUCGAAUAUCCAUCAUCUACAUCCUCAGUGGCAUUACAGGCAACUUGGCCAGUGCCAUAUUUCUUCCUUACAGAGCUGAGGUCGGCCCAGCCGGCUCUCAGUUUGGCAUCCUUGCCUGUCUGUUCGUAGAGCUGUUCCAGAGCUGGCAGAUCCUGGCGCGGCCAUGGCGGGCCUUCAUCAAGCUGCUGUGUGUGGUUCUCUUCCUUUUCGCCGUUGGCCUGCUGCCUUGGAUUGACAACUUCGCCCACAUUUGCGGCUUCAUCUCAGGCUUCUUCCUCUCCUUCGCAUUCCUGCCUUACAUCAGCUUUGGCCGAAUGGACAUGUACCGCAAGCGCUGCCAGAUAUUGGUCUCGCUCACACUCUUUCUGGGAAUCUUCUCCAGUUUUGUGGUGCUCUUCUAUGUGUAUCCAGUCAAGUGUGAAUGGUGUGAGCUGCUUACCUGCCUCCCUCUGACGGACAAGUUCUGUGAGAAAUAUGACCUCAACGCUCACCUCCACUGAGGCCUUAGAGAGACGAGAGGAAAACCAGAGAUAAAAGUUGUGAAACGGUUUCCAAUCUUCUAGCUCUAACUGACAUUAUUUGCUCUGUUAGAGUCUGUAUCAAUGAAGGUAUUCAUUACAUAGGCUCAGAGAAAAGUCCUCCCUGGGGAGGAGAGAUGAUCUAAAUGCCCCCAGUGCCUUGUUGAUCGAUACAAACUGCUGCCGUUUCUGUGUUCCAUUAAGUCUGAGCACUUUUGUUUUUAACCUGUAAUAUGUACACUGCUAUUUAAGUAGUGCAUGUUUGGUAGUGUUUUAGCUACCUGUUCACUUGUAAUACACAGUACAAUAAGAGUAAACCGAA